GCACGAUGCUAAGGAGGGAUGUGCAGACGCGGGUCUCUUAUCUGCAAGGCCUUCUGGGAGGGAGCUUAUGUCUGGGCUGAGGGUCAGCUUGGCAAGGGGAAAUCGGGAGCACCCUGUCUUCUGGGGGCUGCGGGAGCCAGCUUUUUCCACAGGAGAAUCCUUCGUGCUGCUUAUUGGAGCAUCUCAAAGCAACCGUUGACCCAAACAUCCCCGACUGCCAGGUUUAAUUAGACCCACUGUGUGUGUGCGUCACGAGGAAACUGGAGAUGCAAGGGGAGGUGAAAACAACUAAAGAAGGUGUGGAGAUUUGGCCAGCUAUAGUGAUCACUGCCAGGUCAUUGCAACAGGAAAUGAUGUCUGAAACCAAGCUGCAGGGUGAGACGAAGCCAGAAGGAGGAGGUGGUGAGCCAAUGACAACUCAGGAACUUCUUCAGAGACUCCGUGAGCUGGAGGCAGAGAACUCAGCUUUAGCCCAAGCCAAUGAGAACCAGCGAGAGACCUAUGAACGCUGCCUGGAUGAGGUAGCCAAUCAUGUGGUGCAAGCGCUUUUGAAUCAAAAGGACCUUCGUGAAGAAUGCAUCAAGCUGAAAAAGCGGGUCUUUGACCUCGAGAGGCAGAACCAGGCCCUCAGUGACCUCUUCCACCAGAAGCUGACCUCUGGCCCUCUCUCCCAGCUCCCAGCCCAUCAGGCUUCUUUACUCUCAGUUCCAUCAUCUGGCUCCCAACCAGACACAGUAGACAAGCUCCCGCCUUCAUUCCCAAUGGGACGCUGCAUCUUGCAGAGAGAGGUUAUCUCUGAGGAACCCUGCAUUGGCACUCCUGUUCCCAACACCCCCCAGGCCCUGGAAGCUCUGUCCCCCUUCCUGCGCAAGAAGGCCCAAAUCCUGGAGGUGCUUCGUUCUCUGGAAGAGAUGGACCCUCUGCUUGCUUUCCCUUCCCCUUGGAGAGACCCUGGGCAGCUGAGUUCCCCAGAGGGUGUGACUGCUGAAGCCUGGCCAUGCCUGCUGCUGGCUCAGGGAGAAGCAGUGCCAAGGCAGCCACCCUUGAAAGGAGAAGGUAGCUCUUCCUCCUCCUCCGAUGAAGCUGCUGAAUCAGACCCCGUUGAGAGAGGGCACCCUGGGCAGGUGCUGCUGAGUGCUCUGGCUGAGCACAAGUUGGACCUGGGUGAGGUGGAGACUUAUCUGCAGCAAGUCCUGAGGGAGGCAGGCGACAGUGCCCUACUCAACGGGGAACCCAAUGGACCUUGCCUGGUGGGGGCUCCCAAGGGCCAGGUCAGCAGCUACAAGCACAUCCAGGCUGUCAGUUGCCUGGAGGCUUUGGGGCCUGCCUCUGUCUGCAUGGAGCCAGCCUACCUCGAUGUCUUAUCACCAAGUGAGGGCAAGGACAAGUCUCAGCAAGGCCCACCUAUCCCCUCUCCAUCCAAGGUCCUCAAGUUGCUGAAAAUGCCACCACCGCCCAGCCCAGCUGCCCUCCGGCUCAGCCCCCAGCUUACCCGCAGUUCCAAAAUUCCCUGCCGUAGCAACACCUACGAGGUGUACCACUCUCCAACACCCAGCCGCAAGGGGUCCCCGGACAGCCCCUUCCCCACCGAGUCCAGUAUUGUUGGAGGGCAGCCCUCUCCCAAGUCUUCUCGGCACCUUGUUCCUGUUCCUUCCAAAGUCACACCCACUUCCCCGGAUCCCUUUGGCUACCACAAACCACACGAAUAUGAGAACAUCUUGGAGCUUUCCCUCAGCAGUGUCAUAGGCGCUCAUUCCCACCCAAUGCGGGAUAGCAAGCAAGAUGUGCCAGAAGUACUUCCACCUGCCUGUCGCGCAGCUCCUCCUCAGGUCAUGCCACCCUGUGAGGCCUCUCUGGAACCUUGUCCCUUCGUCAGUGGGCGAGAGAAGCCAGGCUCUGAGGGCAGGCACUCUCCGCCUAUUGCUCGUCGGAACCCUGACAACUCUAAGAAGGCUGCAAGUGGCCCAAGCAAGCGAACCACACCUGAGGCAGCCAACAUGCCUUUCAAAGAACGGCUCACUGUGCUUGGGAGGUUGAAGGGAGCUGAAGGAAAGGAGGUAGCAAGCUUUGAGAAGGGGAAGGCCCCAGCCCGACCCUGUGAACGUCCCGAAGGUCUUGCUGACACCCACCCCCGGCUGGGCAGUGGGAGCAACAGCCUCAAGUAUCACGAGCCUUGCCACGGUGGCGAACCAACCCCCCGGUGCUACUCUUCUCAUUCUGUCGGCUCCCGUGGGAGUGACCCCGAGCACCAUGCCUCCAAGAACCGUCUGUUGGGAACGCCAGUAUCAAGGAAUCCAGCCAAGCCCCCGCCACCUGGGAAAAAUGGAAAGAGUCCUCAUGGGAGUCCAACAAAGUUACCCUCCAAAUCACCCACGAAACCCCCUGUGCAAGAGCCCAAGCCAUGUCCGCAACCAGCCAAACCACCCACCAGCAUUGGACGCAAGAACCAGACUUGUCCUGAUCCAGCUAAGGGCAAAGCUGGGCUCCCAGCCAGCAUUGAAGAGAAAGUCAUGAAAGGCAUUGAGGAGAAUGUUCUGCGGAGGCACAAAGGAGGCCCAGCAGCAGGUGAGACCAAGCAAAAGAACUCGAGUGGCAUAGCCAGCUGGUUUGGCCUGCGCAAAAGCAAACUGCCUGCCCUUAGCCGAAGGCCUGAGCCCCCUAAAGUCAAGGAGGGCAAGUUGGCUUCUCGCCGGUUGGAGGCCGAGAGCCUCAACAUUUCCAAACUUAUGGAGAAAGCAGAAGACCUGCGCAAAGCCCUGGAGGAGGAAAAGGCCUACAUCAAUGGGCUGGCUCUGGACAAGCCUCGGCCCCAUGCCUGUGACACCGGCCACAGCCAGCUCACCCUCAUGUACCAGGAGGUAACAGCAGAGAACUUCAUGCAGCAGCUGCUCAAUAGGGUGGAUGGGAAGGAGGCCCCAUUUGAGACUCACCUGGAGCAGAAGAAUGAGCUGCAGGGCCUACAGAGAGGCCUGCGUGAUGCCAAAGAUCCCCGCCUCAUCCGGACUCCGCGUAACGGCAUUGUGGGGCACCUUCAUUCUUGCCCAGAGGUCCCUGAUAAGCUUCGCAAUGCAACUUUGCAAGAGGAGAUCCCGUCUGAUGACAGCCUGGUCGAAUCAGUGACCUCCCAGCAUUUUCCAGUGUGUGGCUCUCUGACACGAACGCUGGACAGUGGCAUUGGCACCUUUCCGCCGCCUGACUAUUGCAGUGGAAUGCCGUGUAAGAGUAUGCCGAAGCUGAGGCCUCGAGUUGACCCUUCACCAGCCGGUCCCUUUCCCAUCAGGGGCCCCCCACCCAUCACCAGGGUGCCCCGCAAAGCACGGACAUUGGAGAGGGAGGUGCCCAAUGCAGAGGACCUUCUGGGGCCUAGCAAGCACCAAAGCAUGCCAGCAUUUCAUGGGAUCUUAACCAGUGCCGAGCCACCCUUGGGGCAUCGUGACCGCAGGGACUGCCCAGAAGAUCUCUGCAGUGAACCCAGCAAGCCACGACACACCCAAGUGAGCAAGAACUGGACUUUCCCCAAUGCCAAAGCAUCUGUUGGUGCAGAUCCCUUCUUUUGCUCCCCUCACGGGUUGGAGGGCCUUCACAGUUCUGCAAUGUGGCUGCUUCCAUCCUCCCUCAACAUUGAUGAUGCUGUAAAGGGUGAAUAAGACUUUGAAUCCAACGACGUUUGUCCUCUGAUUCGUGAUUCAGAGAUUUGCUCUUGCCCUUGUAUUCAAGAGAAAAUCUAAGCCUGUAUUUUACUGUGCAGAGUGUUUUGUGGUUCUUAGUGUCUGAUUAGCUUGGAGUCAAGCGCUACUGAGGAUGGGUAUCCCAUUGCAAGCAAGGAUCCAGCCUUGUGCUGGCAGGCAAAACAGAGCCAUCUAGGAGGAAAGAACUGCCCAGCUAGAGAAGAGGAAGAUUUGGUUAGGGACAACUAAUAAGCAACAAGGCAAAGCAUUUUGAGCCAAGCAGGCCCUGUUUCUUGCCUUCUGCCUGUGAAUGAAAAGAGUGCAGCCCAGCUGGUGCCUCCAUUUUAUGUUCCUCUCCCUUCUACCCAAGGGCCUACUUUAGCCCAGACUUGUACAAUCAUACUAUGGAUUGGAGCAAAUCAGAUGAUUAUGUCAUUUGCACCCUUCUGGAUGAUUGUGAAUGUGACAUUGCUGUUGUGUGUGUGGCAUGUACUAUUUUUGUAAAACAUGCCCUUUCCUGCCUUUCCUUUACAUGUGUUCAGUGUACCUAAAUUGGGAGCGGACAGCUGCUUUGGGGGAGCUGCAUUGUUCUUCUGUAGGAGCUCAAAGGAAUGUGCCCCGACCCUCCAUUUUUUCUUUAAUCUCUUUUUUAAAUGACCCACACAUUCCUUAAGGGUUAUUCAGGAGAUAAUUUUGUCAUGUUCCCCCUGUUGCGGCUGUUUGAGACUUAGGGAUGUCAUUUUUUCAGACAAGAAGUUAAAUGGAAUUGCAUACAAAGCUUGGGGCCACAGCAAUGGCUUUGGAGAGGUUGCCUACCUCCUUGCCCUGAAUGCUUCUGUCUCCCUCCUCU